AAUCAGUUCCGGGUGCGAGUGGCUGUGGGAGCGGGCGGGAAGCGGCGCUGGGAGCGGCCCGGGCCGGCCGGGAUCCGCCAUGUGAGAGCCCCGGACAGCCCCAGCAUGUAACAUAAUAGAAAAAAAAAUCCACUAGUAUAUUGUGAUACACUGGAUAUGCUUCCUGCAUCUGAAGUCAAUGGAUGAUGUUGAGAUCUGUUUGUUCAAUUGGAAAAGCAGAUUACUCUUUACAUCUGUAGAAAUGGACAGCAGCAGUUUCAUUCAGUUUGAUGUGCCGGAGUACAGCAACACUGUUCUGAGCCAGUUAAACGAGCUCCGCUUGCAGGGGAAGCUCUGUGACAUAAUCGUGCACAUCCAGGGCCAGCCGUUCCGCGCCCAUAAAGCUGUCUUAGCCGCCAGUUCUCCCUAUUUCCGCGACCAUUCAGCAUUGAGCACCAUGAGUGGCCUAUCUAUAUCGGUUAUUAAAAACCCCAAUGUUUUUGAACAGUUGCUUUCUUUUUGUUACACUGGAAGGAUGUCCUUGCAGCUGAAGGAUGUUGUCAGUUUUCUGACCGCAGCUAGCUUCCUACAGAUGCAGUGCGUCAUUGACAAGUGCACACAGAUACUGGAGAGUAUUCAUUCGAAGAUCAGUGUUGGUGAUGUUGAUUCUGUUACUGUUGGUGCCGAAGAAAAUUCAGAGAAUCGUAACGGCGUUAAAGACAGCAGCUACUUUGCCAACCCUAUUGAGAUAUCUCCUCCCUAUUGCUCUCAGGUGCGACAGUCAACAGCAGGCAGUGAUCUUCGGAUGGAAACUACUCCAGGCAAAACUCUUCGUAGUCGUCUGCAAGAAGAAGGGCAUUCAGACCGAGGGAGCAGUGGGAGUAUCUCUGAAUAUGAGAUUCAGAUUGAAGGUGAUCAUGAGCAAGGAGACCUGAUAGUAAGGGAAAGUCAGAUUGCAGAGGUGAAAGUUAAAAUGGAAAAGUCUGACAGACCAAGCUGCUCUGAUAGCUCUUCCCUUGGUGAUGAUGGAUAUCACACUGAAAUGGUGGAUGGAGAGCAGGUGGUGGCGGUAAACGUUGGUUCCUAUGGGUCUGUCUUACAACAUGUUUAUUCAUUUACUCAUGCCUCGUCACAGGCUACAGGUGUGUCAGAAACCUUUGGAAGCAUGAGCAAUACAAGUCCUUCAAGGUCAAUGCUGAGCUGUUUCAGAGGGGGUCGUGCACGCCAAAAACGAGUACCUGCAGGUCACUUGCAUAGUGAUGUCCAGGGCUUGGUGCAAGGGGCUGACAGUGAAUCCAUGGUGAGUAAUCCAGGAUAUGAAAACAGUCCACGGGAAAGAAAUGCAAGAGGUCAUUGGUAUCCGUACAAUGAGAGGCUAAUUUGUAUUUACUGUGGCAAGUCUUUCAACCAGAAAGGGAGCCUUGAUCGACACAUGCGAUUGCACAUGGGAAUAACUCCUUUUGUGUGCAAGUUUUGUGGAAAGAAAUAUACCCGUAAGGACCAACUUGAGUAUCAUAUUCGUGGUCACACAGAUGACAAACCCUUUCGCUGUGAGAUCUGUGGAAAAUGUUUUCCUUUCCAGGGUACACUAAACCAGCACUUGCGAAAAAACCACCCAGGGGUUACAGAAGUGAGAAACAGGGUUGAGUCUCCAGACAGAACAGAAGCGUUUGUGGAACAGAAAGUAGAUAAUGAUGCUUCAGCUUCUGAAGCCAUGGAUUCUAGUAUGGAAAUUCAUGCAAUGUCUAACACAUCUGAUUAAAAUCAUACAUCUAAGUGAAACACAGACAAGCACAUUACUAAUGUAUUUUUAAAGUAUUUUAUUAUUUUAGUAAUCUUCAGUACAAGUGUAACAGCCUUUUCAUUUUCCUCACCUUCUGGAAAUCAGUUAGAAAUGGUUUCUGGAGAAGACUUCAGAAGUAUUCUUUGGUUUUGAAGGAGGCUGAAUUGUUCGGGGUUUGUUUUUUUAUAUUUGAAGAUGCUCAGAGUAUAAAGACAGUGUACUGGGGAAAGUCUAGGAAGAGUCUGGUGAAGUGUCCCUGCUGAUUGAUCUGGUGAGAUGCAAAUGCCAGUGGAGAAAGAUAUUAGAAUAAGAUUGGCAGCUCUGGUGAAUGCUCAAAGAAGCUGUAAUUUCCUUUAUUUCUUAAAUCCUGUUGCUGGUAAUGAGUUACACAGCAGUUGGGAGAGAGAAUAUUGCAGCUGUGAUUCCUCUCCUGUCACAAUGUUCACUCUUACUGACUGGUUUUGGUAGUGAGACUGUUUAUAUAUAUAAAUUUGCUUUAUAUAUAUAAAAUGCUUUCACUUUACCUGUUCUGUGUCAAGGCUAAUACCAUAUGCCACUCUAUCAACCGUUAGGACUCCUCUCUGCUUAGAGUUUAGAACUUUGGACUUUGGGAGGAUGGUUUUGGUUUUAAAGAAAUGUUGUUUGGUUUUCAUUUUAUUAAACUAUUACUUUGUGUGCAAAAGUGAGCAAAGUGAAUUACCUUGUUUUAAUAGCUUUGCUUUAUAACAUAUGUAAACCAAAUGCCAUAAAUCUAUUAAACUAUGGUUAAAUUGUUGAAAGGUUUUGUUAGUUGUCUAGGAUGCAAGCUGGACAACCUGUGGUGCUGACCUUUUUAUAUAUAUAGAGAUAGAUAUAUCUAUAUAUAUAUAGAUAUACACACAUAUAUAUAUAUCUAUAUAUUAAAAAAAAUAUUAGCAAACCUAAAAGUAGCAUUGUGGUCUAAAAUGUGUUUUUACUGGCCUCAGAAUCUACCUUCAUUUUGUACUGUAGAACCAUACCAGGUAAUUAAACUUAACUUCAUCACUCUUCAUGGUUGGUUAAAACAUGAGAGAGAUGUAGUUUAAACCACAGUAUUUCCAAGCAGUAUUUUAAUAGGUCUCUUCACAGAGAGCUGUUUUCAGGUGCACGUUGGCUUCCUACUUAAAUCUCCGAGUGAUAUGCCAGCACUUGGAAUUUGUACUUUUUUUGUAUAGAAAAACAAAUACUUUAUGGGAAUUUUGAGCAAUAUGUUAUUUCAUGUGUGAGUAUUACAGAGUUGCUAUGGCUUCUCUGUUUUUUCAGUGGUUUUUUUCCUCUAUAAAGGAGCUACCGACUUUAAAAAUACUCUAAAUCUUUUUUGUUUCACCAAAUAUGUGUUUUUAAUAUGGUGCUAACUUCAUAAUUUAGGUCAGUAUGAUAUAUAACAUGUGAAACAUAAUGGUCAAGGAAAAAAAAUCCCCAAAAACAGACAAAGGCCCCCCUACACAAACCAACUCCCCCAAAAUCCCAACCAAACAGGGAAAAAAAAAAAAAAAAAAAAAAAAAAAAAAAAAAAAAAAAAAGGCCCAAUCCCAUACCACAAAAAAAAUGGCUUAAAAGACCUCAAAAGCAUGGGCUGGCAAACACUACUGUUUAACAUUCUACCUGAUGAACAGAAUUAAUUAUUAAACUAAUCACAUACUUCUUUAGAAUACAGGUUUUAUAUUUUUGGGUCUUAUGUUUGUUUAGCUGAUACUGAAAAUCCAUUUGUGAACGUGUUGUUUAACUCCCAAAAAUUAGAAAAUAAAAGCUCAUUUCGAAAUUAUUCAAAAGAAAAAGGUGGGUUUGAUAUCUUUUAAAACUUUUUGGCCUCUGUGAAGCUGGGGCAUAUUUGUGCAGUGGCUUUAUUAAAUACACGAGUUCUUAAUAUUAUGACACUCUGCAAUAAGAAUUAAUUUCUCAAAUAUGGAUUUACAGUAUAACCCCACCUGCUCCAUUGGAGCAGUUGCUGUUAAAUUAAGUACAUCAUCUGCCUCUUUGCCCUAAAACUGCCUAAAUGAAGAGGCGGGGGUGGGGAGAUGUUUCUCUCCUUGAAGUAAUUUUGUUUCUAGUAAGGGAAGGGAUGGUCUGUGUCUAAAGGCUGGUAGUCUGUAUGUUUACCCACCUAAAACAUGGUGUUCCUGAUACAGUUUUUUCCUUGAGUGUUUGUUUUAAGUAAUUAAAUGCAAAAAGUGUGUUUUGGUAAAUUAAGUUUGAGACAUGCAAAAUCCAAGAAAUGUACAGUUAUUCUUAACCCUUUAUCUUGAACCUGUGCUGUGGUGCCUUCGGUGUGACUUUUUCCCUGGAAGGAUGACUUGAGGAUAGCAGGAUAUGGGUACAAAUUUAUAUUUCUUGAAUUUCUCUGUGUCACAAUCUUAGCAUUAUUUAAAUCUAGUUCUUUGUAUUUGUAAAUGUAUUAAAAUGGUUUGAGUUUACCAAAGAGUGACUUAUCCAAAAUUGUCUCAGACAAAAGCAAACAAGAAAACAACAUCACGUUGAUUGUACAGGUUCAGGUUCAUUGUAACAGACUGUUAAGGGGCAGGAAAUGAUGCAUUUUUCUACGAGGCGUGGUUGAGCAGCGUGUGUCCCUCCCCGUUCUUGCCUCCAAGCCAUAGCCAGCUGUGCGGGCUCUGCGGGCAGCGGCACUGCCAGCGUGCCGUGUCACUCGGCGGGUGCCAGCAGCGGCACUGCCACACACACGACAUGGACUCCUGAUGGACUUGGCAUCAGCAGCCCGGGCCGCGGCUUCAGCAAAGGUGGAACUGCAGAGUCUCGUGUCUGUGCAGUUCUCAGCACAGAGCUGUUACGCGUUUCAUUUACAGUAAAUGCAAAAGUCAGUAGAAUAUGUGAAGAAAUAUUUGACAGCAAAAUAAGUAAUGAAAUUGUACAGGCUGGUUCAUAAUUGAGUCUCUUCUUAAUCUACCUUUUUAAUUCUAGGGAAAUGUGAAAACAGUGACAGUGUCCUUUCCUCUAGAUGCUUAACCUAUUCUGACAAACUGUGAAAAUAAAGGAUUUUAUACCUUUGCUAAUGUUUCUGGUUUAAAACUAUUCUUUUAGUUUUCUUUAUCACUUAUCUUCCAUAUUACUUCUUUUAAACUUGUAAAUACAUUUAGAAAAUAGCUUUGUAAAUACCUACAGUGUAUUAAAAGUUCCGUUUGGUCACCAAGGCCUCAAGAUUGGCUCUGCUUUUUGAGUGUGAAAUCUUUCUGUAGCAUAAAGGAUACUGUCAGUUCACUGUCAGCAGGGGAGACUGUCGGCCUAAAUUGAGAGUUUUAAUGCAGUCUUCCCCAGCAUAAAUUAAUGUUUUAUGCUGAAGCCUUUGGUUUACUUUAGACAAAACAAUGAGGCCUCUUAAUAUGUUUAGGCUGAAUUAUGGGAAGAACAACAGGAAUAAAAUCAAGGGCUGGGAAAAUAUUGAAUAAGCUUUACCUUUAAAUAUAUAUAUAUAUAUAUUAUUUUAAUUUUUGUAUUAGUUUACUGUGAUUCUUUUAUUGUCAUUUUUCUAAACAGGUUUUACAUGAAACCAUUGAAAGGGACUCAAAUAUGCAACACCUAAUCUAUUUUCCAAGGGAAUUUUACCCUUGAAUGGUGCUUUUUGACUGGUCAGGGUUAUUUAUUAAAUUUUAUAUUUGAAAGUAUUUGGGGAAUUAUGUAAAUUCUUUAUAUGAAUCUCUUUAUUUCAUGAAUUGUAAAUUUCAUAAUACUCAGUGAUCAAAUUGGAAGUUUAGUAAAGUCAUUCAAAAUGUUCAAACUUUAUAAUCUGUGUGCAUUUUACAUAUAUUUUAUCAAGUGCCAGAAUACUUGUAUUUAACGUUGUAGAUUUAAUACUACUUGCACAUCCCUGUGGCAGCAUUAACUUAAGUCACGCAAGUUUACACUUAAAAAAAAAAAAAAGCUAAACAAAUAAGUAAGCCUGGGACGUGUGUUCCUGUAUUUCUUCAGGGGAUGUGAAGCCACGCAUCACCGACUGAGCAGGUUUGCUCCCUGCUCCUGUAGCUCACUCCUGCUAUGGCAGACACAGAACUGCUGACUCCCAUUCCCACAGGCCAGGGAUUCAGCCUUUGAACUCGGCCUGAGAGCCUCUGCUUGUAGAUCUGGGCAGAGGUAGAGCUCUUGCACGAUUUUAACAGUGUUUGUUUCUGACUGAAAAUUUGUAUUUUUAAAUAAAUUUUAUUUGUAUGGUUAUUUUUCAAGAUAAAUAAUUGAACAGUUUGAAUGACUUGACUUGGUGUCAUUAUCUUGCAAUAUAAACCGGGAACCUCACACCUCCGCACUUCAUCGCCACGUGAAGUAAAUGAAGCUAGCUAAGCUGAUGCUGUAAGAUUGAGUAACUUGCCAUUAAGGAUUAUUUUACAGCAUGAACUUUAAAAUAUUUAUUCAAAUGAUAUUUUACUCUUGUAUUCACUUUGUUUUUAGAUUUGUGACAUGAAUAUUUCUGUGCUGCUUUAUUUUGUUCUGAUGAAUUUGUUUCUUGCUUGUAAAUUGCCUUUUUUAUGGUAUAAAGUCAAUCGGAAUUGCUGUUUGUAAAUUAAAAUGCUUCUAGAGCAAA